GUAUUCAUCAAAAGAAUUUAAUACAAUAUACGUUUAAGAACCUUUAACCUAAUUGUCUGUGAAAAACCACUAAUGAUUUGUCUAUUUUAUUACCAUAAACAUUUUAAGUAGACGGUGGAGGCAUUUAGCAAUUAGAAUUAUAUAAUGAAAUGGACAGUUUAAAAACAGACUAUCGUUUUUCACACGUGAAUCACGGACCUUUAAAUAGUUCUUUGUCAAAGAAUCCGGAUUCCUUAUUCUGAAAUUCAUUUUUUCCCAGAAGAUUUAUACCACUUGUGCUUGGAACUUGUGCAUGUAGUUAUAGUAUAUAUAUUGACAUUGAAAUGAUUUUUUUCGUGCAAUUACUGGCUUUUCAUAUUGUCCAUGGGAAUUUUGCCCUUGGUACUUUAUACAAAAGCACCGCUUCUUGUUUCGGCGUUACCUCACCAGCAAGUAAUUUUAUGUCUUCUUCGUGUCCACCGGGGGAAGUAAUUGCAAUAAAGACUUUUACCGUCGCCUACAAAGCAGCGGCACUGAAUUGCACUUUGGACAGCGUUCGUAUCCAAAAUCAGUUUCAACUUUGUUGUUCGAACAUAACCGAACAAGACUGCCAAAUGUCAUAUAAUAUUCACCCCAAUAAUGCAGUUCAGUAUAUAGAAAAAUGCAAUGGUAGACGUAGUUGCAACGUGAUGGCUACUGUUGUUCUGCCACAAGAUUGUAUUGGAGUACCUGAUCACUAUCCAAACUACAUGCAUAUAAACUACUAUUGCAUACCUGAGACGGGUAUUCUUAGCAGCAUGUCAGGAACGAUAACCUCUACGAGCUUAGGGCAGCAUGUUUAUUUGCAAAGUCCCGGUUUCAACAACGGUCAGAAGAUCCCGUCGGGAAAAACUCUGACUUGCUCUGUCCACACGUGUGAUAUGGGCUCAAAACUCUCUAUAACACUGCGGCAGAUUGUGAUGGAAAACAAGUGGGGCCAAUGCCAACAAAGACUUAUUGUGAGACGACCCGACGGUAUCAUUAUCGGUAUUUGGAACUGUCAAAAUAACACAGCUUCGCCGAAAACAUUGCAAACAAGCGAACAGUAUCUUAUCAUUCAGCUAGAGAACAGCCUUACAUCUGAUUUAGGCUCGUUUUGGCUUGGAUUUGCUGGAUCCUCCCCGGAUGGUAGGGUAACAGUCUCAUGUCCUCCUGAAACAAAUCCAUGUGCUGGUGCCUCUUCAACAAUAUAUUCAACAUCGACAGCUAUGACGACCACCACCAAAGCAACAAGAACAAUGGAUUCAACAUCUACACCAAUGACGCCGACGACCACAACCACUACCACAACAAGAACAACAACAGAUUCAACAUCUACACCAAUGACGACGACCACUUCAGCAGCAACAACAACGGAUUUAACAUCAACACUUUUGACGACCAACACCACAGCAACAACAACAGAUUCAAUAUCUACACAAAUGGUGACGUCCUCCACCACCACCACCACCACCACCACCACAGCAACAACAUCGAUCUCAACGACUGCUGGACAAUCCAGCACUUCAAAUAUAACAGAAGAGAAUACAACAUCAAUAAUAAAUGUAGAAACUUUAUCCAAUUCGAAAACAACUCUGGGGUCAACACUAUUGGACACAUCAACUACACCAAAACAUAAAAAAGGUUUGACGAACGCAAGUAUUGGUAUCGUCGUAGGAGGAAUAGUGGGUUUUGGUCUUAUUGCUUUUAUACUUUCGAUCGUUUUUAUUCGAAGGAGGAUAAAUAAUGGAAAGGCACAUCGAACUGCCAAUCCCCUACCAUCGUAUCCUCGAGCAGUACCAAUUUGGAACCCCAACGAAACGACAAAUCCUGGUUACGCACCUUCAAGUUCAUCAUACGAGGUUUUUGUUAGAAUUGCCGAGGGCGCAAGCUAAAGGACCAACUUCUCCUCCUAUCCGAAAUAGCAACAUUUUAAGAUGGCUAUAUGCACAUAUUGGACUAAUUUAAAUGAAAUUUGAUAAAUAUAAUCUUACAGUGAAUAUUGUGAUAAAACUGCUUGUUCGGGAAAAGUUCCAGCCACUUCUGCUAUCUCUUUUGUUACCUUUUUGCCAACACGCAUUGGUUUAAACUGUGUUUUGCCUGACCUUUUGUUAUUUUAUUUCAAAGUGUGUGUGUGUGUGUGUGCGUGCGUGCGUGCGCGCGUGCGCGCGGGCGUGUGUGUGUGUGUGUGUGUGUGUGUGUGUGUGUGUGCGGAGAUUUCUUUGUCCCAGCAACUCUGAAUGUUUGAAUACUUGUUUUUAUCAUGCAAAGUUAUCAAAAUACACACAUAAAAACUA